AUGCUCCUUACCUUGAUUGUGCUUUUAGCUUUGAGCAGUGCCUUGUUGGGCGCUCAGACAACCGUCCCACCCUCAUCAGCCUCUGAACACCAUCCAAAUUUCAAGGUCAUCUACGAGUCACCCAACUCGGUGUGCUACGCCGACAACAAAGCCUACCUCUGCACUCCACCAUUCACCAAUAUUGCCGAAGGCAUUCCUGUCGUGGCCACAUCGACCUGUGGCCAAGGUGGACGCGCCGAACGCGUGUGCAAGAGUUGGACCAGUCAGAACGGUCAGAAGCGUCAGACGUACUGCGAGACGUGUGAUUCACGGAAGGCCGCCACGAGCCGAGGUGCGGAACGCCUCACCGACAGACACAUCACUUCAAACCAGACCUGUUGGGUGUCCGGUAAAGUGGCGCCUGGCUCCACGGUAAAUCUGACGCUUUCCCUCGGAAAACGCUUCGAAAUUUUCUACAUCUCCCUGCAACCCUGUGGUCCCCUUCCAGACUCCAUUGCCCUUUACAAGUCCUCGGAUUUCGGGCGUACGUGGAAACCGUGGCAAUACUUCUCAACCGACUGCUAUCGCGCGUUCGGUUUACCCACCAGCAGCGAACACAACGCCCAAAUAUCCUCAGCCAACAUCCAGGAGGUGCUUUGUGUUGCGAUAAAGCCUCCUGUCAAGUACAACGCCCAAGGUCAGGUGUCAAAUGUGAUUGCAUUCAGCACAACCAUCGGCAGACCCACCUCACAGUCUUGGAGCCCUGCUCUCAUAGACUGGAUGACAAUGACCGACCUCCAGAUAAGUCUGAGUCGUUUUCCAGCUCGUCGAAAGUCGAGAACAGUGGAGAGGAGUGGUGGGGACAACACAGUCGUGCUUCAUCGCCGCGACAGGAGCAGCGGUCAAAGAAGAGUUCCCCAGAAGGCACCUGUGUUCCGGCUUGGAGGAGGCAGGCUCUUCCAUCAGGGUGCAGAGUUGGAGGAGAUGCAAGCGGACGGGACUACACUGAACGCCACCGCCUCCACCGCCACGAACGCACGCAACGAGGUGAACACCCACGAGAUUCACCACGAUGAAGACGAUGCCGUCUACUUUGCCUUUUCGGACAUCGCUGUUGGUGGAAGGUGCAAGUGCAACGGUCAUGCCAAUCGCUGCGUGCGAGACAGGAUUGUGGAGAAGAAUGCCGCAGGUGAGGAAAUUGUUACCUGGGGUCCACUGCGCUGCGACUGCCAACACAAUACCGUCGGCGCCGACUGCGAACGAUGUGCGCCAGGCUACCUGGAUCGUCCUUGGGCCAGAGCUACCAACGAAGACGCCAACGAAUGCAAAGCUUCAAAGGGUGCCAAAUUUGUUGAAACGCACUGCACGCCAUCUCGCGCGAAAGCGUCUGCCCACAGCGACUGGAUUCCCGAGGGAAUUUGA